AUGUUCGGAGGGAGUGAGAAGACGGCUUUCGACAUCAAGGAGGCGCUCUCCCUCUGGGCAGCUCGGGGCUCUCGUACAGUCGAGCUCGUCGUGGUAAACGUCCUUGGUUGGACAGAGCAUGAGAUUGGACGCAAGACGAGCGGCAAAAGCUGGGCAAAAGUGAAAGCCAACAGCCUUCGGAUCUCGCCCGCAGCCGCAAACUUUCUAGGCAUUUCGCUGAGCUUCGUGGCGGUGCUGGAGCUGGUUGUGAAGGUGGUGCUUGUGGUUGAUGUGUUGGUGGCACUUGUCGAGGUGGAUGUGCUACUUGUAGAAGUGCUUGAUGUGCUGGACGCAGUCGUGCUCGUAGACGAUGUGCUGCUUGAACUGCUGCUGGUGCUUGUGCUGGACGUUGAAGUUGUAGAAGUUGAUGAUGUCGUUGAGCUGGAAGUUGAGGUGCUGCUUGAUGUUGUGCUCGACGAUGUGGUAGAAGUGGUGGAUGUCGAGGUGCUGCUGGAAGAGGUAGUCGUGGAUGAGGUCGAUGAGCUUGAUGUGGACGUGCUCGUUGAGCUAGUUGUGCUAGUGCUAGUUGAGGAUGACGUGCUAGUCGAAGUUGUGCUGCUCGAAGAUGAUGUAGACGAGGACGUCGUCGAGGUGGAUGACGUAGUGGAGCUGGACGACGAGCUUGACGUACUAGUGGUACUUGUGGUUGAUGUGCUACUUGAUGAUGACGUGCUAGUGGAGGUGGAAGAAGUUGACGUGGUUGUUGUGGACGACGAGGAAGAGGAAGAGGUAGAAGUGCUGCUGGAUGUUGUGGUAGUCGUGCUGCUUGAGGUGCUUGUUGUGGAUGUCGAAGUGGUAGACGAGGAAGAACUUGAUGACGUGGAGGUGGAAGAUGUACUGCUGGAUGAGGUGCUAGUAGACGUGCUGCUGGUGGUGCUAGAAGUAGUGGAAGAUGUAGAGGUAGAAGAUGUGGAGCUUGAUGUGCUGCUUGUAGACGAGGAGCUCGAUGUGGACGUGGAAGUCGUGCUAGACGAGCUGCUUGUGGUGCUUGAUGUGCUUGAAGAUGUGGAGGUGGAAGUUGUUGAGCUUGAAGAGGUGGAAGUAGACGAGCUACUUGUUGAGGAGGUGGUCGUUGAUGUCGUGCUGGUGGAUGACGUGCUCGUGCUCGAAGUUGAGCUACUGCUUGUUGAGGUUGAUGUGGAUGUGGACGACGUGGACGAAGUUGAUGUUGUUGAAGUUGUACUGCUGCUGGAGGAAGAUGUUGAAGUGCUCGAUGUGCUGGUGCUGGACGUGGUGGUUGAAGAGGUCGUUGUGCUCGUGCUGGUUGUAGUAGACGAAGAUGUUGACGAAGUUGUUGUGGAGGAUGUGCUACUCGACGUGGACGAUGUCGUGCUGCUGCUUGUGGACGAGGAAGUUGUGGAAGA